AUGACGAUACGUGUGCUUUUCAUUUUCAAAAAAGACAUGCCUCUCAAGUCGCAAGUGUCUGCUGAAGAUGCUGUUAAUGUGUUAAUACGACACAUUAGUUAUUUUGCAUCAGAAAAAUUACCGGAAUGGUCUUCAGAUAUAUGGCAGGUUUUAGCCAAAGAAAAAGAAUUUCAAGAUAAAUGGAACGCGAAUUGCGUACGAACAAAUGUUAGAAAUGAUCGACGAGGAAUUUUGACCAAAGCACGCCAGGAAUGUGGACUCUUCAUUUCAAAUCAAAAUACAAAUGUUGACAAUGGUGACGACUGUGAUGAUGACGAAAAUAGUUUAAGUGACGAAGAUGAUGAUAAACGUGAUCCGGAUUAUUUUAAUCAUGUAUAUUCUGACAUGAAAGACAAAAUGGAAACUUUUGAAUUAAUUUUUUCCAGACAAUUAUGGGAUUCAAUUAACAAACAUACUCCUCUGAUUGAAAAUAAACAGACUGGAGCUGGAUUUCAACCAAAAGCUUGGACGCAUACGAUCGCAUUCGAGUUAUGGAAACAGUAUCGACUUCAAUGUGCAUUUAUUUUUAAAAAAGGUUCCAUUCACGAACAUGGGCACUAUUAUGCCACAAUGACUGGCCACUGUAAAAGCAAAUUAUGUAAAAACUUCCUGUUUGGCUAUGUAGAAAAUGAUCCAGGAGAUGAAGGUGAUGUGAUAAUUAAAAUUAAUUGUUGUGACACAAGGUUCACAAAGCACGAGAAUUAUAGAAGACCACUUAGAGGACAAAAAAGAGACGAAAUGAAGAAAGAAGUGAAAGAAAAAGUGUUAAAGGAGCUGUACACGAUGCUGCUCAAAAACUUCUUAAGCCAGACACUACUGUCUAUUGAUCAAAGUCCUAUAUACCUUCAUUCUAUGAGGGUCGUAAGUACUAAGCCGUUUUAUGUAGUUUAUGCUACUCCGUCUCAAAUACAUUGCUACCGAGAAUACCGUCGAUUGCAUCGAAACUGGUCAUCAGUUUGUAUCGAUGCAACUGGAGGAGCAGCAAAAAAGUUUGAUUACAAUAACAAUCGUACAAGUGCGAUAUUUUUGUACGAAAUUGUCAUCAAUUUUUCCGGUACUUCCGUAUCCGUUUUUCAGGUGCUAUCAGAGGUUCAUAAUGCUGAUUAUAUUACCAUAUGGCUGAAAAAAUGGUUACGAGAAGUUAAGCUACCCCCUCAUGAAGUUGUAAGUGACGGUUCACGUGCACUUCUUAACGCAGUCUCUUUAGCAUUCAAUAAUCGUUCAUUGUCAGAUUACAAUGAAUUAUGUUUUAAUAACAUAAAAGGCAUAACUACAAUUCAGCCUAAUACAUACAUUAGAUUGGAUCUGCUCAUUUUAUUCAUGCAGUUAGUUUAUGGAAAUGCUGGAAAUCUGUAA